CAUUGUCCGAUCCUGUUUCUUCUCUCUGUUUUCAUCUUGUUCAGUGAAUGAUAUUGUCGUUCAAAGGCAGUUGUGAUGAGUGUCAAAUGUUUGCUUAUAUUCAAUUCCUGUACUGUUUUCCAACCAUUUUUUGCCGACAACACGGAUUACUACUUUUAUUCUCGAGCUUCAAUGAGGUACCUACAUUUAGCAAUGAUGAGUCCAUCAGGAGAGAUGAAAUCACAAAGUAACACAAAGUCUGUAUCCCCACUGUCUUUGGUUCAGCAACGGAGCAAGCAAUUCAUUUGGAAGACUAUAAUCACAGUAGCGGUACAGAUUGUAAUUUUAUGGGUAAUAUGCUCUGUCGCCUUACCUGUUGAAGCACUUAAAGACUGGAUGAAGAACAAUCCCUGGUUUUCCUGGCUAUUUGGAUUUCUUGGAACACUUCUUCAACUCGAGAUGUUCCUUAUACCGCAAUUUCAGUUUGCAUUCCCAUACAAUUAUAUCGUCUUGAUAAUCGCUACAAUAUUGAUUGGGUUUCCCGCAGCUCUACCACUGAUCACUGUAGCCUUCUGGUGGACAUUUGUCACAUGGAUAACUACCAUGAUUAUUACAGCGGUUGUUGUGACUGCCAGUGUGUUUUUAAGAUUAGAUAUACUUAAAAGUUUUGUGAGGCUGAUAAUUACGACAUUCACCAUGGAAUUACUUUAUUGUCUUAUAUUCUUCCCAUUCAUCCAUUUCAAUCUAUAUGAUAUACUCAUUAUGCUGUGUGGAUUUGGUAUGAUGAUCACCAUUAUUUGGGAGAUGGCACUCAUUGUUCAAGCUAUUCUAGGUGAUAGACGAUUCACAUUUCGAGAUGAUCAACAUCUACUCUGUGGAUUGUUAACUGGCAUGCUAAUUAUCUGGAUGCAGUUGAUCAUUUCAACGGAGGUGGCGUUUAUCUACGUGUUAACAAGGAGUGAUAACAAUAACGUGGAUACAUACUUGUAACGAAAAGCAGUAAAUGUGUUCCUCUUAAAAUAGAUUUAUUAUAAAUUUUGAAAAUAAAAAUAUUAUGAAUAAAAGUAUAUGAUAACCACACUCUCUCAGUAUUACUUAUUCCAUCUCACAUCAAUUCAAUGACAAGAAUUAGAGAAUCAGUAGAAAUUCAUUGUUAUUUCUUGUUAAAGAGUUAAAGACAAUCUGCAAGAUGUCAGUCCAAGAAUAACCGAUAAUUCCUCCAAACAAUUAACAUCAUCUGGAAGUUCAAAGCGAUGGUUGGUGUUAUUGCUUGUUAACUGAUUAAAUUUCAAACCUGAUGGGAUAAGAACGAGUCAGAAUUGAGGCCUAUAGGCUGCUUAGUAAAUAAACAGUACCCAGAUGAUAUUACGAUAAUGUUGUGACAUCAUUAAUUUAACUUGAUGAUGAUUAAUGGUGUACUUGAAUGUGUUUAGCGUUAACUCAGGAUAGCUGUAACUGAUAAAAAGGUAAUAAAAAUAAUGUCAUGUAUCUAAAUAAAUGUAAAGAUAAAAUAUAGAUUGACAUUUCUAAGAACUACCAUUCAGGUAUUAUUUGUAAAUUCACCAUUGAUUUUGAUAAAGUUUCAUCACAAUAACCGUGACAGUAACCUUGUUGCUCAAAUUAGCGCUUGAUUUUGUCAUGCUAACUUUUUCAUACGGUCCAGUGUUAAGGUAUUUCAGAACUUGAAUAUCUUAGUGAUAAUAGCCCUCCCUGCUUCACUUCAUCAUCUAAGUUGCAGUCUCAGAGGGAGAGAUAUCAAUUCCUUCGAGGUCACAGGUAUACCUGACUGAAGAGUCCCACCAAGCGUGAAACAAGGGUCAUCAAAAAGAGCUUCCUGCCUAAUAACUUCACUUAAAACGGGAGUGUUUUGAAUGCAAUGCUGAAUAAUCAAUCUUAUAGCCUCUUCAACGAGAUAAUUUGAAUCCACCUGUGUUUACGUAAUAGCAUUUAAAUAGUUGAAAUUCUAAAGAAUAUUUCUGGUCAGAACAAGCGAUUUCCAUUUCUCCAUAGAACUUUUACACAACAGAUAAACUCUUACUGAAUAUAAUGUAACAGUUUUGCCAUCUUCCGAAAAAUCAUCAAUCUCCACACAUUUAGGAUAAUGGGUGGGCUAUGUGGAGCAGAAUAUAAC